UUUUGUGUGGCUCUGAUGUAAAAAAAAAUUAUUGAAAAUACCGUUCGGAUUUACCCCGGUUUUCCAAUUUUCCUGGGUAAAUACGAACGGUCUGAUAUUAUUAAUAAAAUUUUACAGAAGGCAAAAAUGAAAAAUAGUUUCUGUUCUAGUAUUCAUAACAAACAAUUAUAAAUAAUAAAAUAAAUUUUCAGCUUCUUUUUCUUCAAAUACGAGACAAAAUACUGAAAGAGUGUCAUCUUUGAUUUUCAAUCUUUUUUGCAAUACUCGUUAUCUUUGUUUAUGCUGUUGCUAAUUAACAAACGAAAAAUGGGAUAAUACUUAGAAUCUCUUGAAGAGGAUCUGAGGUAUCCAGCAAGUCCUUAAGCAAUGACAGUCAUGCAUCAGACCAUGCUACUUUAACAUUAGAUGAACUCCGAGCAGUGAAUCGUUAUGCAGAGAGUACGAAAAGUCUAAGCUAUUUGCCUCAGGUACAUGAAAGGCAAACAGCGCGUAUGAAAACUAGAUCAGAAUGGUUUUUGAUGCCCGAAGUUGAGAAACUGACUGAUUUUGAUAAUGAUUCGACACAUUUGUACAUACUUCGAGGUUUGAAUAAAUCAUCUUCUGGAAAUUUAGCUACAGGACUUAGUGUAAGUACUGAUUCAAUUAAAAGAUCAUGUCUUCGCAAAACAUCGUCUAAAGAAAAAUGUCAUCUACAUCGUAGUUCAUCAAGAAAAAACAAAGAGAAUGGUGUAAAAAUUCGAGCUAUAGAAACCUGCAAAUCUCAUUCUCUAGAAACUAUAAAAUUAAGUUCAGCUAGUGUAUUAGUGAACCAACAAUCAGAAGGCAUUGCCAAAAAGGAAGAUGCUACAACAGAAAAAAAAUAUAAUUCUUUAGAACGAAAUAUUACUGUAGGACCUCAAGAUUGUACAGAAAUAGAUGUACAAACUUUUCAUGUUACCUUAACAUACAAACCACGAAUUUAAAAAUUACAAUCGAUAACAAGAAGACAAUAAAUUAUCCUUUUGUCUUGUUACAUAGUACUGUUACACUCAAUUUCUCUAUUUAAACAUUUCUAAAAUAAACAUUACAAAACUAA